AUAUGUAUAUAUAUGCGCAAAUAGAAAUCGAUCAGGAACACCAUAACUUGCUGCAACAAGGAUGCUGAGCAUGACAGCAACAAUCAAUGGCUGGCAAUGUUCAGGAUUUCAUUGCAAGCAAUAUGCAAGGAUGCCUGAAAUCUCGUUGACAUCAAGAGGUUUCCUAAAGGUUGGUACGCUUGAUUCGAAAACUCCAACUACUGCAGGGCUCAACUCCUCUGCCCUGCCAUACGUUGGAGAUUAUGGUUAUGCGAGCAGGAACAUGAAUAGAGGAGGAAUUCAUGUUGUGUCGCCGGAUAUAUCAUCACCUUCACCAGGAUUUGCAGUGGGAUUUCUUGAAGCAUUUGACGAUGAAUACGAUGGAGUCAUUAUCGAUCCAAACAAAUUACCUUCCAGUGCUAAUGCUUUUGCCUCUGCCCUCCGAGCUGCUUUGUCCAAAUGGAAGUUGAAGGGGAGAAAAGGAAUAUGGCUCAAAAUACUGUCGGAACAAGUUGAUCUUGUUCCCAUAGCGAUUAAGGAGGGUUUUCAGUACCACCAUGCCGAACCAGGAUAUGUUAUGCUGACUUACUGGAUUCCUGAUUAUCCCUGCAUGCUCCCCACCAGCCCUUCGCAUCAAAUCGGUGUUGGAGGAUUUGUGAUUAACGACAAAAAGGAGGUCCUAGCAGUGAAGGAAAAAUGCCCCUGCAGUUGCUCUAACGUGUGGAAGAUGCCUACUGGAUAUAUUAACAAGUCAGAAGACAUAUUCUGUGGAGCAAUGAGAGAAGUAAAAGAAGAGACCGGAGUCGACACAAGUUUCCUUAAGAUGGUUGCUUUCAGGCACGCUCACAUGUUGGCGUUCGACAAAUCAGAUAUACUAUUUGUAUGCAUGCUGAGACCAUUAUCUUAUGAAAUCGCAAUCGAUGAGAAAGAAAUCCAAGCUGCAAUGUGGAUGCCACUAGAUGAAUUUGUGGGGCAGCCAUUCUACGAGGAAGACCAUAUGUCGAGGAAGGUCAUUGAUGCCUGUGUUGCCGCCUAUGAAGAUCGGUAUAGUGGGUUCACUGCUCAUGAACUAACCUCGAAACUUGAUGGCCAGUCAUCCCUCUUGUAUUACGACUGUUCUUCAGGCUGAACGUGCCUGUGUGCGUCACAAGGCAGGCUCGCCAAUCUUGACGGCCAGAAACAACACGUUCUUGGAAUAAUAUUGUUUUAUUUAUCCAACUGAUGAUGGCGUGAUGCGUUUUGGAGUAAAUGCAUGAAUGCCAUUUUGAUCUUUA